AUGGCCGAAGUCGGCGAGGACAGCGGGGCCCGCGCCCUGCUGGCGCUGCGCUCCGCACCCUGCAGCCCGGUGCUGUGCGCCGCCGCCGCCGCCGCCGCCGCCUUCCCGGCCGCCGCGCCGCCGCCGCCGCCGCCGCCCCCGGCCCCGUCCCCGCCGCCCGGGCCGCCCGCCGCACCGCCCCCGGCUCCGGCCCCGCCGCCCGGGCCGCCCGCCGCGCCGCCCCCGGCCCUGGCCCUGGCCCCGGACCCCGGCCCUGGCGCGGCGCUGGUGGCGGCGGCGGCAGCGUCGGUGCGCCGGAGCCCUGGACCAGCCCUGGCGCGCCUCGAGGGCCGCGAGUUCGAGUUCCUCAUGCGGCAGCCCAUCGUCACCAUCGGCCGCAACUCGUCGCAGGGCUCGGUGGACCUCAGCAUGGGCCUGUCGAGCUUCAUCUCGCGGCGCCACCUGCAGCUCACCUUUCAGGAGCCGCACUUCUACCUGCGCUGUCUUGGCAAGAACGGCGUUUUCGUGGACGGGGCCUUCCAGCGACGCGGCGCCCCUGCCCUGCAGCUGCCCCCGCAGUGUACCUUUCGGUUCCCUAGCACCGCCAUAAAGAUCCAGUUCACGUCGCUGUACCACAAAGAGGAAGCCCCAGCGUCUCCCCUCCGGCCACUCUACCCUCAGAUCUCCCCGCUGAAGAUCCACAUUCCGGAGCCGGACCUCCGGAGCAUGGUCAGCCCUGUGCCCUCCCCAACCGGCACCAUCAGUGUUCCCAACUCCUGCCCUGCCAGCCCACGUGGCGCAGGGUCUUCCGGCUACCGCUUCGUCCAGAACGUGACCUCGGACCUGCAGCUGGCCGCGGAGUUUGCUGCCAAGGCCGCAUCAGAGCAGCAGGCAGACGCUUCUGGAGGGGACAGCCCAAAGGACGAGUCAAAGCCCCCCUACUCGUAUGCGCAGCUCAUUGUGCAGGCCAUCUCCUCGGCCCAGGACAGACAGCUGACACUAAGCGGGAUCUAUGCCCACAUCACCAAGCAUUACCCCUACUACCGGACCGCUGACAAGGGCUGGCAGAAUUCCAUUCGACACAACCUCUCUCUGAACCGUUACUUUAUCAAAGUCCCACGUUCCCAGGAGGAGCCUGGGAAGGGUUCUUUUUGGCGAAUAGACCCUGCCUCAGAAGCCAAACUCGUGGAGCAGGCAUUCCGGAAACGGAGGCAGAGAGGCGUCUCCUGCUUCCGGACCCCCUUCGGGCCCCUGUCAUCCAGGAGUGCUCCUGCCUCGCCCACCCACCCUGGGCUCGUGUCUCCGCGCUCCAGUGGCUUGCAGACCCCAGAGUGUCUGUCCCGGGAAGGCUCACCCAUUCCACACGAUCCGGAUUUUGGGUCAAAGUUAGCGUCUGUUCCUGAGUACCGGUAUUCUCAAAGUGCGCCUGGCUCGCCAGUCAGCGCCCAGCCAGUCAUCAUGGCAGUGCCACCCCGGCCGUCCAGCCUGGUCGCCAAGCCCGUCGCCUACAUGCCGGCCUCCAUUGUGGCCUCCCAGCAGCCCUCAGGCCACGCGAUCCAUGUGGUGCAGCAGGCGCCGACCGUCACCAUGGUCAGGGUGGUCACCACGUCCGCCAGCUCCACCAAUGGUUACAUCCUGGCUAGCCAGGGCAUGCCCAGCAGUGCCCACGACGCCCCAGGCACGGCUGUGCUGGACCUGGGCAGCGAGGCCAGAGGCCUGGAGGAGAAGCCCACCAUCGCCUUUGCCACCAUCCCUGCCGCUAGCCGUGUCAUCCAGACGGUGGCCAGCCAGAUGGCCCCGGGCGUCCCCGGACACACAGUCACCAUACUGCAGCCAGCCACUCCGGUGACCCUUGGGCAGCACCACCUGCCGGUACGGGCAGUCACCCAGAACGGGAAGCACGCUGCUCCCACCAGCGGCCUGGCCAGCAGCGCUUACGCCCUUACAAGCCCCCUGCAGCUCCUCGCGGCCCAGGCCAGCUCAUCAACUCCUGUGGUGGUGACCCGCGUGUGCGAGGUGGGGCCUGAGGAGCCACCAGCUGUGGUCACAGCGGCUGCCACCCCCACCACUGCUGCCCCCGCUGCUGCCGUCUCCCCCACUGGGGAGCCCGAGGUCAAGCGAUCCCGGGUGGAGGAGCCCGGUGGGACAGCUGCCGCACAAGCCGGCGUGAUCGCGGCCACUGGCCCCCAGGGCCCAGGCUCCGGAGAGUGACAGCCCCAUGUUGUGGAUCUGGAGCGGGGGUGCGGCCGAGCCCGCUGCUCCCACGGACGUGUGUGGGCAAUGCAGCCUGGAGUCCGCAGUGCCCAACGUGUAAGGAGCAACCCACCACACACCCAGGACAUGCGGUUGCUCCUCCUUUUAUUCUGCCCUCCCCGUGGUCAAACACAAACAUAAACACAUUCAGACAACCGAUUGUAUGGUUCUGGAAAUUCUUUUCUUCUUCUCCCUUCACACCUUCUCUUCCCCCAGCCUGGCUCUCGGGGGCACAGAGGGGAAGGUUGUAGUCCAGCAUCCGAGGAAUGUACCCCAGCAGAUCUGCUGUGAGGAGCAGGCUGCCCUCUGUCCACGACCCGGCACCCCCGUCCUCUCAGCUUAGUGGGCACGGAAGGAGUGUCAUCCGGAAGACUACACAGCACUGGAGGGACGGAUGUGGCCUGGCCACAGCAGGCCCACGAGGCUGCACUCAGGAGCAAAGACACAGGCAGGGCACAGCAGGUUGCCCUGCUUCUGAUGGCGUGGGAUGCCUCAGAGCUGUCAGCAUUAACCUGGGGUCUGAUGUGGCUCUCGGACCCCACACACUCCGUGUUACGUGUCAGCAUGGAAUUCAGGUGCAGUCGCAAGGCAGAGGCAAACACGUGUUUCUAAGGCUCCUUCAUGGAUGGUUCACGGUGUCAGUCGGGCACCUGCUGGCCUCGUCCCCUCAGGGGUGGACCUGCCUCUAUGUGUGAACUCCGAAGAAGACAAGGUGGAAGGUCAGCCCAAGCCGGUAGGCCAGGGCCCCCCACCCUCACGUCGCAUCAGCUCAAAUUUGGGGCUCCUGGUACUGGAGGUAAAAGGAGGUUACUGGCUCGAAGUGGAAGAGAGGGCCACAAGGACAUUGGCGGGGUCGCUCUGACGGGGACGAGCAGCAGCCUGGCUCUGUGCCUGAGGCCAGGGCCACACCUGCAGUGGGACCUGGUCAUUCUGCCCUUCAGCCAAAUCAGUUUCACUUACGCCCAGCGCCUGCCUGCUGUUAGAAGUCAGAGUUGUCUCUUCUGCCUAAAAGCACCAGGGCCCCGAGUCAGCAGGAAGGAAACUACCUCCUGGAGCAGCGUGGAGGUAGUGUGCCUACCCCAGCCCACGUCACUGGUUGUUGAGUCCUGUCGUAACGUGGUGAGAGACCACGCCAUCCCAGUUCCUCGGACGGCCUCCUGCACCCCACUGCCCCUGAGGUCCAGGCCCCACGAGUAGGCCAAGCCCAGGCCAACAUACUUGUAGCCGGUUUGGGGUAGAAUCGCAAGCCCCUCAGCUGCCCCUGGAGAGCGUGUUCAGGAAACAGUGGGUACGUCUGUGUAAAAGUUGAUCCGAAGACUGCCAGGCUUUCUGGCAUUGAUUCUUACAGCUGUGGCCACAACCAGAGACAGCAACAUCACAAUCUAAGCAAGCCUGGGAAUCUUGGAAGAAACAGGCUUCUCUGGGAGCCCACCUGUCCUCUCCCCGAGUCCUGGGCCACCAGGCUUUCCUUUGGAGGCAGCUGAGGGGCAGAGCAGACAGUCACACAAGAGUAGCCUCGGGCCGGGCUGUUCUGGCUUAAAAUGGUUUUAAGGAGCUGCAGGCAAGUUGGAUGUUUUCAGCUGGGUGCGACCGGCUGCCGGUC